AUGGAGAAGAUGUUCGGACUGCUCCAGGUGGACCAAUCAACGGUGGCCAUGGUGGAGCAUUUCGGGCGGUUCGUCAAGGCGCUCGACCCGGGCUGUCACUGCGUACCAUGGUGCUGCUGCUACCGCCCCGCGGGGCUCAUGAGCCUGCGCGUGCGCCAACUCGACGUGCGGUGCGAAACCAAAACCAAGGACAACGUGUUUGUCACUGUAGUCGCGUCGAUACAGUACCAGGCGAUUCGCGAGCAGAUCGAGGAUGCCUUCUACAAGCUGCAGGACCCGCAGGCGCAGAUCCGAUCGUACGUCUUCGAUGUGGUGCGCGCCAGUGUGCCCAAGAUGGAUCUGGACCGUGUGUUUGAGGUGAAGAACGAGAUCGCUCACACAGUGGAGGAAGAGCUUGAGAAGGCGAUGAGGACGUACGGUUACCGCAUUGUGCAGACCCUGAUCGUGGAUGUGGAGCCGGACCAUCGAGUGAAGGCUGCUAUGAACGAGAUCAAUGCCGCCCAGCGCAUUCGCAUGGCCACACAGGAGAAGGCAGAAGCAGAGAAGAUCCUGCAGGUGAAGAAGGCAGAAGGAGAGGCGGAGGCAAGGUACCUCUCAGGCGUGGGCGUGGCGAGACAGAGACAGGCCAUAGUGGAGGGGUUGAGAGACAGCGUGCUGGGGUUCUCAGAGCAAGUGCCGGGCACCACACCCAAGCACGUGCUUGACAUGGUCAUGCUGACACAGUAUUUCGACACCAUGCGAGACAUCGGUGCCAACAACCGAUCGUCCACCAUCUUUGUGCCGCACGGGCCAGGAGCAGCAGCGGAUAUUGCUGCUCAGAUCAGAAAUGGAAUGUUGCACAGCAAUGUGGCUGCUAGAACUAACGUGUAA